UGGAAUUGCCGCGGUUUGGGGAUUUCCCGGGAAAUCCCGCAUUUCCCAUGGUGCCCCCGCAGCUCCCAGGAGCUCCGUAGGUGCCACCAUGAGCGGCCUCGGCGACGGCGCCGCCGACGCGGCCGGAGCCGAAUGCCGGAAGCGCAAAGGAUCCCCCUGCGAGCCCGGCCAGAGCGCGGAGAAGCGGCGGCGCGAGCAGGAGCAGCGCUACCUGGCCGAGCUGGCCGAGCUGCUCUCGGCGAACUUCGGCGAGCUGGACUCGCUCGGCGGCAAAGCCGAGCAGGGGCACUUCCUGAAGAAAACCGUGGAUCAGAUCCAGCAGAUCAAACGGCUGGAGGCGGAAAAAUCCGCGGAUGACGACGUGCAGAAAUCCGACGUCUCCUCCAGCAGCCAGGGCGUCAUCGAGAAGGAGUCGCUGGGGCCGCUCCUGCUCGAGGCCCUGGACGGGUUUUUCUUCGUGGUGAACCGCGAGGGCCGCAUCGUGUUCGUGUCGGAGAACGUGACGGGCUACCUGGGCUACGGGCAGGAGGAGCUGAUGAACUCCAGCGUUUACAGCAUCCUGCACGUGGGCGACCACGCCGAGUUCGUCCGGAACCUCCUCCCCAAGUCCCUGGUGAACGGGGUUCCGUGGCCGCAGGAGCCGUCGCGCCGCGGCAGCCGCACGUUCCAGUGCCGGAUGCUGGUGCGGCCGCCGGACGAGGCGGGCGCGGAGCAGGCGGAGCUGCGGCAGCGCUACGAGGCCAUGCAGUGCUUCACCGUCAGCCAGCCCCGCGCCUUCCAGGAGGAGGGAGAGGAUUUCCAGUCGUGUCUGAUCUGCAUCGCCCGGAGGUUGCCACGCCCGGCCGCCCCGGCCCCGGCCGAGUCCUUCGUCACCAAGCAGGACACCACAGGAAAAAUCAUCUCCAUCGACACCAGCUCGCUGCGCGCCGCCGGCCGGACGGGCUGGGAGGAUCUGGUGCGGAAAUGCAUCUACGCCUUCUUCCAGCCCCAGGGCCGCGAGCCCUCCUACGCCAAGCAGCUCUUUCAGGAAGUGAUGACGCGGGGCACGGCCUUCAGCCCCUCGUACCGCUUCACGCUGAGCGACGGCUCCGUGCUGAGCGCCCACACCAAGUGCAAGCUCUGCUACCCCUCGAGCCCGGAGCUGCAGCCCUUCAUCAUGGGCAUCCACGUCAUCGACAGGGAUUUGGGAAUUCUCUCCCCCCAGGACGCCCCCGCUCCGGGCAUGGCCCUUCCCAGGGUGAAUCCCAACGUUCCUCCGGCACCGGGAAUGGCGCUGCCGCCUUCCCUCCCUCCAUCCAACGGCUCCGUCAUGGCCGCGCCCUCCCCUCAUCCCGGGAAUUCCGCCUCGGGCCAAGCCAAUUUCGGGAAUCCGCUGGGAUCCAACGUUGCCUUAAGCCAAACUCCCGGGAAUUCCCACCCUUUAUCCCACGGCAGCUCCCCCAUGAACAGCCCCGGAAUUCCGGCGCCGCAGUUCCUGUCGCCGCGGCACCGCGGCAGCCCGGGCUUGAUUCCCAGAUCCCGAGCUCCUGCCGGGAAUCCUUUCUCGCCGUCCGUGCACUCCCCGGCCUCCUCCUCCUCCUCCUCCUCGUGCUCCGGGAAUUCCCGGCCUUUUCCCAACGCUCCGGAGCCUCCGGCCAACGCGGGAUUUUUGAGGCAGCCGAGCUCCCAGAACUCCCCCGGCCGCGCCGGCAAAGCCGAGCCCAAGGACGCCAAGGAGAUCUCUUCCAUCCUCGGCGAGACGAUCCCGGAGAACGCCGGCGCCGAGAAAACGCCGGAGCCGGGAAUCGCGCACGGCUCCGAGGGAGGCGACGGCGCCGGGAAGUGCCCCCAAGGCACGAGCCACCGGCUGGUGCAGCUGCUGGCCAGCACGGCCGAGCAGCAGCUGCGGCACCACGCCGACGCCGCCGCCGCCGCCGCCUCCAAGGACUCCUUGGCGUGCGCCGGGAUCGCCGGGGGCGCCGCGCCGGCGUGCCCGUCCUCGCACAGCUCGCUGACGGAGCGGCACAAGAUCCUGCACCGGCUGCUGCAGGAGGGCAGCCCCUCGGCCGCGGCGGCGCCGGGCGGCGAGGAGAAGAAGGAGAGCGCCGGGAAUUGCGGCGGGAGCGCCGAGGCGGAGAAGAAGAAGGAGUGCAAGGACCACCAGCUGCUGCGCUACCUCCUGGACAAGGACGAGAAGGAGGCGGCGCCGGCGCCGGCGCUCGGCCUGGACGACGUCAAGGUCAAGGCGGAGAAGGGCGAGGCGGCCGAGCCGUGCCCGGCCCCGCUUCCCAAAAUCCCGGCCGCCGACGAGGUCAAGAUGGAGGCGACGGCGCAGGUGGGUGCGGGGGAGAGCCCGGCUUUCCUGGGAAUUGCCGCCAGUUUGGGUUCCCGUUUCCGUGGAAUCCUGGAGACCCAGAGUGCGGUGCCGGAGCUGUCGCUGCCGCUCGGGGCCGUUCCGGAGGCGCCGCCGUGGGCGGAUCCAGCGCCGGCGCCGCGCCCCAAGGGCGACCCGCUGGAGGAGCUGCUGUUCCCGGGCGGCGCCGAGGGCCGCAGCGAGGAGCGGGCGCUGCUCGAGCAGCUCGUGACCUUCCUGAGCGCCCGCGACGAGACCGAGCUGGCCGAGAUCGACCGCGCCCUCGGCAUCGACAAACUCCUCCAGGGCGGCGGCCUGGACGCGCUGACCGAGCGAUUCCAACCCCAGCAAGCGCCGGCGCCGCCGCUGCUCCUGGAGCAGAAACCCGGAAUGUUCUCCCAGCCCUUCCCUCCUUCCUCCUCCUCCUCCUCCUCCUCCUCCUCCUCGUCCUCCGCGGCCUCUCCCGGCUCCAACCUCGGCGGGAAUUUCCCGGGAAUGCUGCGGCCGAAGCCGCCCUUCGCAGCCGUGGCCGCCGCUCCUCCUCCUCCUCCUCCUCCUCCUCCUCCUCCUCUUCCUCCCGCGGCCGGCGCCGCCCGCGGAGCGUUCCCGGCGCAUCCCAACAAUCCCAACGCGGGGCUGGCGGCGGCGCGGCCGCUCGGCCGCCCCCCGAGCGCGCCCAACCAGCUGCGGCUGCAGCUGCAGCAGCGCCUGCAGGGCCAGCAGCAGUUGCUGCAGCAGGGCCGCCAGGGGGCGCUGCUCGGGCCCUUCGCGGCUCCGCUGGGGCUCGCGCUGAGGGCGCCGCAGCCGCAGCAGCACCAGCAGGUGGCGCCACAGCCCCCCCUGAACGCGCAGAUGUUGGCGCAGCGGCAGCGGGAGCUCUACAGCCAGCAGCACCGGCAGCGGCAGCUGAUGCAGCAGCGCGCGCUCCUCCUGCGCCAGCAGCAGCAGCAGCAGCAGCAGCAGCAGCAGCAGCAGAAUUUCGGGAAUUCCGCCGCCCCCAUUCCCAUGGGAACGCCGCCCCGGCUGCCCCAAGCCCCGCCCCAGCAGUUCCCGUACCCCCCCGGUUACGGUACGAGCGCUGGCAGCGGCUCCGGCUUCGGCGGCGAGGCGGCGGCGCUGGGGAGCCGCGGGGGCCUCGGCGGCCGCGGGAUGAUGGGAGCGCCCUUCGGAGCCGGGAUGGGCCCGGCCGGGAUGCAGCAGAACCUCUUCCAGUACCCGGGGGCAGGAAUGGCGCCGCAGGGCGAUCCGGCGGGAUUCGCGCCGGCGCUGAGCCCCGGCAGCCCCCUGGUGUCGCCGCAGCUGCCGCCGGCGCCGCCGGCUCCCGGAUACCAAUCGCCGGAGCUGAAAGCCUGGCCGGCCGGAGCCGUCGGGAAUAACGGCGUUUUCGGGCAGGCGGGCGCGGCGGCGCCGGCGGCUCCGCAGGGAAUGUACAACAACAUGAGCAUCACCGUGUCCAUGGCCGGCUCCGGCGGCGGAUCCGGCGGCGGCGCCGGCGUUCCCGGCAUGGGCGCCAUGGGCGGCGGCAUUCCCAUGAAUCCCGUCAUGGCCGGCAUGAGCUCCAUGUGCUCGGAGCAGGUCCCGGACGCGGCGCUGAGGCCUCCAGGGCUCUACUGCAACCAGCUGGGCUCUGGCGAGCUGCUCAAGGCCGAGGCCGACGGCGCCCAGGUGCAGCAGGUCCAGGUGUUCGCCGACGUCCAGUGCACGGUGAAUUUGGUGGGAGAUCCCUACCUCAACCCGCCGGCUCCGUUGGCCAAUCCCAAAAACGCCGCUCCGCCGCCGCCGCCGCCGGGACAAGGGAAGAGCCUCCUGCAGCAGCUGCUGACGGAAUAGAACCCGGAACGUCGGGAAUUGCCCCCCCCAAAAAAAAA